AUGGAUUCUGAGUUUUGGCCAGACCAUGAGUACAAAACAGUGGGAAAGCUUAUUCUUGAAGAUGGAACCGAAUUUGUUGGAUAUAGCGUAGGGUAUGAAGGGCAUACAUGUGAAAAAAAAAUACAAUGCGAUGAAAAUGAAGAUAUUACAGAAAAAUGUGGAAAAAAUAUAAAUGAUGAUAUAUUAUUUAGAGGUAGUAGAAUUGAAAAUGAUGAUUAUAUAGUUACAGGAGAAGUUAUAUUCAAUACAGCUAUGGUUGGAUAUCCUGAAGCAUUAUCAGAUCCUAGUUAUUUUGGUCAGAUAUUAGUUUUGACAUUUCCAUCAAUAGGUAAUUAUGGUGUAGAAAAAGCAAAGCACAACAAAUUUGGUAUAGUAAAUAAUUUUGAAAGUAAUAAAAUACAUGUACAAGGUUUAGUAAUAUGUGAAUAUAGUAAACAAUCAUAUCAUUAUAAUGCGUAUAUAACAUUAAGUGAAUGGUUGAAAAAAUAUAAAAUUCCUUGUAUUGGUGGAAUAGAUACUCGAGCAUUGACAAAAAUAUUAAGAGAAAAAGGUAGUAUGCUGGGAAAGAUUGUAGUAUAUAAAAAUAGAAAUAAUAUAAAUAAUAUAUAUAAAGAAAUAAAUUUAUUUGACCCUGGUCAAAUUGAUGUUACAAAAUAUGUAUGUAAUCACUAUAUAAGAGUAUUUAAACUGAAAAAUAUUACAUUUAUAAAUAAUGAAGGGAGAAAUUACAUGAAUAAAAAUUCUAAUUACUUAUAUAAAGAAAAUAAUAAAGAAUGUGAUAGUUAUUCAAAUUUAGAAAAUGUCGCAUCAUCAUUUGAAAAAAUUGAUUAUAAUAAAAAUUCAAAUUACCAUUCAUUGUUAAGAGGGAAAAUGAAUUUAUUAGAAUCGUCAGAAGAAAAUAUUAAGCAUUAUAGUAACUAUCAAAAUUUUAAUGAUAAUAAUGACGAAAAUAACUCUUUUAGAAAUUUAUAUGGAAUGUGUGAACAUGAUAAAUAUUUAAUAGAUAUUGAAGAAAAUAAAGAGUAUCAUGAAAAUAACUUAGAUGAAUAUGGAUAUUAUAACAUCGAAGGGACUAAAAAACAUGGUUGUGGACAGAAAGAAAUUGGCAAAGAAUUUAAUAUGAACAAUGACAAUAGCACGUAUAUAAAGAAAACGGUGAGCAAUAAAACAUUUUUGGAUUUAGUAAACAAACGAAAUAAUGACAAGGAAAAAAUUAUAGUAAUUGUUGAUUGCGGUAUAAAAAAUAGUAUAAUAAAAAAUUUAAUGAAACAUGGUAAAGAUUUACCAUUAACUUACAUUAUUGUUCCAUAUUAUUAUGAUUUUAAUUAUAUCGAUUAUGAUGCAGUAUUAUUAUCAAAUGGGCCAGGAAAUCCAGAAAAAUGUAAAUUGUUAAUUAAUAAUUUGAAAACUAGUUUGCAACAGAAUAAAUUAAUAUUUGGUAUAUGUUUAGGUAACCAACUAUUGGGUAUAUCAUUAGGUUGCGAAACUUAUAAAAUGAGAUAUGGUAAUAGAGGUGUAAAUCAACCAGUUAUAGAAUUAUUAAAUAAUAGAUGUUACAUAACUUCACAAAACCAUGGGUAUUGUUUAAAAAAAAAAUGUAUAUUAAAAAGAAAAGAUCUAGCUAUUAGUUAUAUUAAUGCUAACGACAAAUCUAUAGAAGGAAUUUCACAUAAGAAUGGUAGAUUUUAUACUGUUCAGUUUCAUCCAGAAGGGAACAACGGUCCUGAAGAUACUGGGUUUUUAUUUCGAAAUUUUAUAUUAGAUGCAUUUCAUAAAAAAAGAGAAUAUCGUGAACAUCUCCCACAAAAUAUUAUACAUAUAAAAAAAAAAGUGUUGCUUCUUGGUAGUGGAGGUUUAUGUAUUGGACAGGCAGGGGAAUUUGAUUAUUCUGGUACACAAGCAAUAAAAAGUUUAAAGGAAUGUGGUAUUUAUGUUAUAUUAGUUAAUCCUAAUAUUGCUACAGUUCAAACUUCAAAAGGGCUAGCAGAUAAAGUAUAUUUUUUACCAGUAAAUUGUGAAUUUGUUGAAAAGAUUAUAAAAAAGGAAAAACCAGACUUUAUUCUUUGCACAUUUGGUGGACAAACUGCAUUAAACUGCGCCUUAAUGUUAGAACAAAAAAAAGUAUUAAAAAAAAACAACUGUUUAGCUUUAGGUACUUCAUUAGAAUCAAUUUUAAUAACUGAAAAUCGAAGUAUGUUUGCUGAAAAAUUAAAAGAAAUUAAUGAAAUAAUUGCCCCAUAUGGUAGUGCAAAAAAUGUAGAAGAAGCUGUUGAAGUAGCUAAUAAAAUAGGCUACCCCAUUCUAGUGCGUACUACAUUUUCUUUAGGCGGUUUGAAUAGCAGUUUUAUAAAUAAUGAAGAAGAGUUAGUUGAAAAAUGUAAAGAAAUAUUUUUACAAACUGAUAAUGAAAUAUUUAUAGAUAAAUCAUUAAAAGGGUGGAAGGAAAUAGAAUAUGAAUUAUUAAGAGAUAAUAAAAAUAAUUGUAUAGCUAUAUGUAACAUGGAAAAUAUUGAUCCAUUAGGUAUACAUACAGGAGAUAGUAUAGUUGUUGCACCAUCACAAACAUUAAGCAAUUAUGAAUAUUACAAAUUUAGAGAAAUCGCUUUGAAGGUUAUUACUCAUUUAAAUAUUAUUGGGGAAUGUAAUAUUCAAUUUGGUAUAAACCCCAAAACAGGAGAAUAUUGUAUUAUAGAAGUAAAUGCAAGAUUGAGUAGAAGUUCAGCACUUGCUUCUAAAGCUACGGGAUAUCCCCUUGCAUAUAUAUCAGCAAAAAUUGCUUUAGGAUAUGAUUUAGUAAGUUUAAAAAAUAGUAUAACUCGAAAAACAACUGCAUGCUUUGAACCAUCUCUCGAUUAUAUAACAACAAAAAUUCCACGAUGGGAUUUAAACAAGUUUGAAUUUGCUUCGAAUACAAUGAAUAGUAGUAUGAAAAGUGUUGGUGAAGUUAUGUCAAUUGGAAGAACUUUUGAAGAAUCUAUACAAAAGUCAUUAAGAUGUAUUGACGAUAAUUACUUAGGUUUUUCUAAUACUUAUUGUAUAGAUUGGAAUGAAGAAAAAAUUAUUGACGAACUAAAAAAUCCUUCACCUAAAAGAAUAGAUGCUAUACACCAAGCAUUUCAUUUAAAUAUGUCAAUUGAUGUUAUCCAUGAAUUAACUAAUAUUGAUUAUUGGUUUUUAUAUAAAUUUUAUAAUAUAUACAAUUUGGAAAAUAAAUUAAAGUCGUUAACAUUAGAACAGAUGUCAUUUUAUGAUUUAAAAUAUUAUAAAAAGCAUGGUUUUAGCGAUAAACAGAUUGCUCAUUAUUUAUCUUAUAAUGCCAAAACAAAAGAAAGUGAUGUGAUGAAAUAUCGAGAAAAUAUAGGGCUUCAUCCUCAUAUCAAAGUUAUCGAUACUUUAUCUGCUGAAUUUCCUGCUCUCACAAAUUAUUUAUAUUUGACAUAUCAAGGAACUGAACAUGAUGUUUUACCAUUAAAUAUGAAGGUAAAGAAAAGAAAAGACCAUAAACUAAUGGGCAGAGAUCAUAAUGAAAUAAGAAAUAGUAUCCCACAACAUUGGCAUAAAAAUAAUGAGAAUAAUAAUAAAGUUGUAUAUGAUGAAUUUUCCUUUAAUCACGAAACAUCCCAACAAAAUGGGCUUAAUUGUUUAAAAGCAGAUAUUAAUAACUCUGAAGAGGCAAUUAAAGUUACCAAUAAUGAUGGAGGAAAGGAUGGAAUGCAAAAUAAAGAACAAAAUCCAGAUUAUACCACAAUACCAUCAUGCAAAUAUAUGAAUAAUUAUGGAAAUGGUAGGUAUAUGGGACAUGGGCGAAAUGAUAUGUUUAAUUUGAAAAACUUUUUAAAAAAUAACAAGAGAGAAGAAGAUUUUAGCGAUAAUAACCAGCAAAAUUCGAUUGGAGAUGACAAUAAGAAAAAGUGCCCAUUUUCUGGAAACAAAAAUGAUUACCACAAUUUUGGAAUGCAUCAAGGUAUGAAACGCCCAAUGAAAGAAAAAAAAGAAAAUUGUAUUCUUAAUAACAAAUGCUAUCCAAAUAGCACAAAAAAUGAACAGAAAAAUGAAAAUGGCAACCCAAAUGAUGGGAACCAUUUGGAAGAGUUUAAAUCAAAUCGUAGUUCUCAUUCAACAAAUGAUCAAUUAUAUUUAGAAAAUUGUAAUACAUCAGAAGAUGAGGAAAAUAAUGUAAACCCUGAUAAAUCAAUGAGAAUGGAUGAUAAUAGAGGAAAUAUAAAUAAUAUUGCAAAUAACUCAUAUUAUAUUAGAGAUUCUGUAUAUAAUAAUGAAUACAAAAUAAAUAAGAUGAGGGAAUUAAUUAAUAAUGAUAAUAAGAGCGAAGUAAUAAAAAGUAGUAAGAAUUUUGCAAAUUCCACAAAUAGCAAAUGUGAAUAUAUUAAUAGUAAUAAAGAAAAAGCUAAGAAAAUUAAUUAUAAUGAUGAAAAUACAAUGGUAUAUAACACGAACGAACAAGAAGAAAAUGAAAACAAAAGCCUCAGCAAUAAUAAUAGAAUGAUAUCAAAAAAUAAUAAUAACUUGAUUAACAGCUACAAUGAUGAUAAUAAAAGUGACUGUUUUUCAGAAUUAUCAUAUAUUCAAAAUCACAAGAAAAACAUUAAUGAUAUAGAAAACGAUUAUGGAUAUGAAGAUUUAUAUUCAGGAUCUGAUAACUGUUAUAGUAGUUAUAGCAUUAGUAUGAACGAUGAUAAUAAUGAUAAUAGUGUGCUUGAUUAUGAAGAAGAUGGAUUAAACUCGGAAUUAUCAUCUAUUAAUUCUGAAAAUGAUAAUAUAUUUUAUGAAAAGUUUAAUGAUAUUGGAUUUAAAAUAAUUGAUAAUAAAAGCGAGAUGAAGAAGGAAAAGAAGAAAUGCUUUAUUGUUUUGGGAUGUGGAUGUUACCGAAUUGGUAGCUCUGUUGAAUUUGAUUGGAGUGCAAUACAUUGUGUUAAGACCAUAAGAAAAUUAAAUCAUAAAGCAAUAUUAAUUAAUUGUAACCCCGAAACAGUUAGUACAGAUUAUGAUGAAAGUGAUAGAUUAUACUUUGACGAAAUAACAACCGAAGUUAUAAAAUUUAUACAUAAUUUUGAAAAAAGUCAAGGUGUUAUUAUAGCUUUUGGUGGUCAAACAUCGAAUAAUUUGGUUUUCAGUUUAUAUAAAAAUAAUGUAAAUAUAUUAGGAUCGAGUGCAAAAAGUGUAGAUUGUUGUGAAAAUCGAAAUAAAUUUUCUCAUUUAUGUGAUUCCUUAAAAAUAGAUCAACCUAAAUGGAAUAAAUUCACGAAGUUAUCAAAAGCUAUACAAUUUGCCAACGAAGUUAAAUUUCCUGUUCUUGUCAGGCCAUCUUAUGUCUUAUCUGGCGCAGCUAUGAGAGUAGUAAACAGUUUUGAAGAAUUAAAAAACUUUUUAAUGAAAGCUGCAAUCGUAAGUAAAGAUAAUCCAGUUGUUAUCUCCAAGUUUAUUGAAAAUGCUAAAGAAAUUGAAAUUGAUUGUGUAAGUAAAAAUGGUAAAAUGAUUAAUUAUGCUAUAUCAGAACAUGUAGAAAAUGCAGGAGUUCACUCAGGAGAUGCAACUCUAAUAUUACCUGCCCAAAAUAUAUAUGUAGAAACCCACAGAAAAAUAAAAAAAAUUUCUGAAAAAAUAUCAAAAUAUUUAAACAUCUCUGGGCCAUUUAAUAUUCAAUUCAUUUGCCAUCAGAAUGAAAUAAAAAUUAUUGAAUGUAAUUUAAGAGCAUCAAGGACAUUCCCAUUUAUUUCGAAAGCAUUAAAUUUGAAUUUUAUAGAUUUAGCCACAAGAAUUUUAAUGGGUUAUGAUGUUAAGCCAAUAAAUAUAUCGUUAAUUGAUUUAGAGUAUACAGCUAUUAAAUCGCCAAUUUUUUCAUUUAACAGAUUACAUGGAUCGGAUUGUAUAUUAGGUGUUGAAAUGAAAUCAACAGGAGAAGUAGCUUGUUUUGGUUUAAAUAAGUAUGAAGCUUUACUUAAAUCUUUAGUUGCUACAGGUAUGAAAUUACCUAAAAAAUCAAUUUUAAUAAGCAUUAAAAAUUUAAAUAACAAGUUAGCAUUUGAAGAACCAUUUCAAUUAUUAUUUUUGAUGGGAUUCACAAUUUAUGCUACUGAAGGAACGUAUGAAUUUUAUUCCAAAUUUUUAGCAUCAUUUAAUAUUGAUAAAGAUUCAAAAUUCCAUCAAAAACUUAUAAAAGUUCACAAUAAGGAUUCCGAAAAUAUAUUACCAAAUAUAACGGAUUUAAUUAUGAAUCAUAAAGUCGAAAUGGUUAUAAAUAUAACUGAUGCAUUAACAACAAAAGUUACUUCGCAUGGAUAUAAAAUUAGAAGACUUGCUUCCGAUUUUCAAGUACCUAUAAUAACAAACAUGAAAUUGACAUCCUUAUUCAUUGAUUCAUUGUAUAGAAAAUUCUGCAGAAAAAAAGAAAGAAGACCUUUUUACACUAUCAAGAGUUACGACGAAUAUAUUAGUCUAGUUUAA